GAGCGACACUUGAGAGGCGACACGCGUGACUUAGUCCCGCCAUGUUCCACCUGAAGAAGAGGAAUAGUCUGACUUGAAGAAGAGGAACAUGUUCGACCUGAAGAAGAGGAACAUGUUCGACCUGAAGAAGAGGAAUAGUCUGACUUGAAGAAGAGGAAUAGUCUGACUUGAAGAAGAGGAACAUGUUCGACCUGAAGAAGAGGAAUAGUCUGACGCUCAACAGCGGCCGCGAGUCUCGUGACGUGGAAGAGUUCAGGCGCGUGGCGGUCAGGCGGAAAGUGAAAGGCGACACGCAGGAUGUCCACGCAGUGGGGAGCAGUUCCAGCUGUGGGGGGUCUUGUGACAGGACCUGUGGACCCAAACAUGAAAACCACCAAAGUCCACCCACCAAACCACAAGUUCCCCCCAAGCCCGCGCACCUCCAGAGUCCGAUGAGGAGCGGGCCGCCCUCUUCGUCCCGGCAUUUCCCUGGCACGGACGACAAGAGUCCAAUCCGGGCGGGGGUGAGCUGUCUCCUCAAUGGAGCCCAGCUGAGCCCCACCCGCCUCUCCCCUUCCCAGAAGAUCCCCAAGCUCACCAGCAGCCCGUUGGGGUCGCCAAGUCCAGGCAAGAGAGGCAUCCAGAACUGCACCCCCUUGAGGGAGGGCGGUCACUGCCCCACUAAGUUGACCCCAAGAAACCGGAGCCCUCUGUCGGUAAUACUGCGGACCCCCAGCCCCGUUCAGAACAAGAUAGGGAGCUACAGCCCUGCCAGGAACUCUAAAUCCUGGCUGGGGGUACACAGGACCCCAAGCGGGAAGAUGGAGGGUUGGGAGAAGAGGACUGGGAAGUCUUUGAGUGUUCCUGACCUCGUUGUGUACCUGGAUGAAAGAAUCCCGUUGGAAAAAGAGGAAAGUUCUCCUCAGCCUGCCAUCACCGUCAAAGCCCCGACGGACUGCAGACUCAACCGCACAGCGGGGGAAGUCUCCUCGCGUCCGACGGACUGCAGACUCAACCGCACCGCGGGGGAAGUCUCCUCGCAAAGUUCAACGGACUGCAGACUAAACCGCACAGUGGAGGAAGUCUCCUCGCAAAGUUCAACGGACUGCAGACUCAACCGCACCGUGGAGGCAGUCUCCUCGCACAGUUCAACGGACUGCAGACUCAACCGCACCGUGGGGGAAGUCUCCUUGCAAAGUUCAACGGACUGCAGACUCAACAGCACCGUGGGGGAAGUCUCCUCGCAAAGUUUAACGGACUGCAGACUCAACCGCACCGUGGGGGAAGUCUCCCCGCAAAGUUCAACAGACUGCAGACUCAACCGCACCGUGGGGGAAGUCUCGCAAAGUUCAACGGACUCCAGACUCAACCGCACCUUGGGGGAAGUCUCCUCGCGUCCGACAGACUGCAGACUCAACCGCACCGUGGGGAAAGUAUCCUCGCAAAGUUUAACGGACUGCAGACUCAACCGCACCGUGGGGGAAGUCUCCUUGCAAAGUUCAACGGACUGCAGACUCAACCGCACCGUGGGGGAAGUCUCCUUGCAAAGUUCAACGGACUGCAGACUCAACCGCACCAUGGGGGAAGUCUCCUCGCAAAGUUCAACGGACUCCAGACUCAACCGCACCGUGGGGGAAGUCUCCUCGUGUCCGACAGACUGCAGACUCAACCGAACCGUGGGGAAAGUAUCCUCGCAAAGUUUAACGGACUGCAGACUCAACCGCACCGUGGGGGAAGUCUCCUCGCGUCCGACGGACUGCAGACUCAACCGCACCGUGGAGGAAGUUUCCCCACGUCCGACGGACUACAGACUCAACCGCACCGUGGGGGAAGUCUCCCCGCGUCCGACGGACUGCAGACUCAACCACACCGUGGGGGAUGUUUCCUCACGUCCAACAGACUGCAGACUCAACCGCACCGUGGGGGAAGUCUCCUCGCAAAGUUCAACGGACCAGCGUCAGCCUGAUGGCGUCCUGCUGGAGAAAGCCUCCAAGAUCCAUGCGGGGUCCAAGUCCAAAUGCAGAUGGACCGAAGGAGAACGACAUGAGGAGGAGGAGGAGGACAAAAAGGAGGAGGCAUCGAAAGAGGACGAGAACACGGAGCAGAAGUUGUUCAAGAUAGCCCGUGAGCUCCUGCACACGGAGAGGGCCUACGUGGCUCGACUACACCUGCUGGACCAGGUGUUCUGUCUGCGUCUCACAGAAGAGGCGGGGCGAGGCUCCUUCCCGGCGGAGGUGGUGCGCAACAUCUUCUCCAACAUCUCCUCCAUCUACUCCUUCCACAGUCAGUUCCUGCUGCCCGACCUGGAGGACCGCAUCAGCCACUGGUGUGAGCAGCCCGGCCUGGGUGAGGUCCUCCUGCAUCACGCCCCCUUCCUGAGGAUGUAUGCUGACUACGUCAGCAACUUCCAACCAGCCAUGGAGCUGCUGAGAACCUGGACCGAGCGCUCCUCCACCUUCAGGAACCUCCUCCAUGACAUCCAGAGCCAGGAUGUGUGUGGCAGCCUGACCCUGCAGCACCACAUGCUGGAACCGGUCCAGAGGAUCCCUCGCUACGAGAUGCUGCUGCGGGACUACGUGAAGAAGAUGCCCUCCACUCACCCGGACUAUGAAUUUGCUCAGAGAUCCUUGGAGACCAUCUCCAUGGCGGCCAACCACUCCAACAGCGCCCUCCACAAAGCGGAGAGCAUCAAGCGACUGCUGGAGAUCUAUGAGAUGGUUGGAGAGGAGGACGUGGUCAACCCCACCAACCAGUUUGUGAAAGAAGGUCGCCUGCUCAAGAUCUCUGCCAGGAACACCUCUUCUAUGGAGCGACACCUCUUUCUGUUCAACAACUUCCUGCUGUGCUGCACGCCAAAGUUCAGCCUAGUCGGGCAGCGUUUGACGGUGCGCAGCAGGAUAGGAGUGGACGGCAUGCAGGUGCAGCAGACCACCAAUGAAGACCACCAUUACACCUUCCAGGUGUCGGGAAAGGAGAAGACCUUGGAACUGCAGGCCAGCUCUGAGCAGGACCGGGACGAGUGGAUCCAGGUGAUCCAGGACGCCAUCCAUGAGUUCCAGCAGAAGAACCAGACCUUCAAGAUGGCCUCCAAGGAGAUCCAGGCGCAGGAACAGACGGCAGAGCUGGGCCGCCGGGCCCCCCGCUGGGUGCGCGACCACCAGGUGACAGUGUGCAAGACCUGCAGCGAGUCCUUCAACGCGCUCACCCGGCGCCGACAUCACUGCCGGGCGUGCGGCUGUGUGGUGUGCUGGAAGUGCUCCGACCACAAGGUGGCGCUGGAGUACGACGGCUACAAACUCAACAAGGUGUGCAAGUCCUGCUUCUCCGUCCUCAGCGCGCCGAGAGGAGGCGGGGCCAAGAAACGCUCGCCAGAGUCCUGCAGUGACUCCACCAUGAGCGGCUUCCUGCAAUAUGGCGACCAUCCCAGAAGGUGUCAGCAGGUGUGGGGCGUGGUCACCACCACCGAGCCCCCCCUCCUCUCCCUCUACGCCACCCCACAGGACCCCGCACCCCUGUCCAGGAUCCCCCUGGCAGGCUGCAUUGUGGGGGAACCUCCUGCUGACCUCCAGGGACAUUUCUGCCUGCGACACCCCCAAAGUGUGCACGUCUUCUCCUGCCAGGGCGACGACUUGAAGCGGCGUUGGGUGGGCGCCCUCAAAGCGGCCGUCAGAGGCUCGGACGAUGGCACCAGCGAGUCCAGCGGGGAGGAAUGACUUUUUAACGGCAGCAAGGAAAGUUAAAGUUGAAUUAUCUGAUUUGUUUGUGAAAUGACUGA